AACACCGCUCCACCUCUUGUCACAACCUCUCCUAAGUCAAAACAAAACCACCUAGCCUACAAAGACACUCACUGAUGCCAAUAACAAGAAGUCAAAUACCUGAGGCAGAUAUGGAGACCGCUCUGAAGAUAUUCUUCUCCUCUCCGCGGUUCGCAGUCGCCGGCGCGUCCUCGGACCCCACUAAAUAUGGCCACAAAGUGUUUGCUUGGUACCUCCAACACUCUCUUCCAGUAACGCCAAUAAACCCUCGUGCGCCCUCAGUCACCAUCCUUCAGCGCGACCAUGCCACCGUUUCCUCACCAACGGCACUCGAAGAUCCACCAGCAUCCUCGUACUCACUUUCUGUGAUCACGCCUCCAGCUGUAACCAAACAACUUCUGAAAGAAGCGAAAGAGGCUGGCGUUCCAGCGGUCUUUCUUCAGCCUGGCAGUUUCGAUGAAGAGGUCUUGGAGUAUGCGAAGGCGAAUUUCAAGGCUGCAAUCGCAGGUGAUGGGAAGGAUGGAAGUGAGCACUGGUGUGUGCUCGUUGAUGGGGAGGAGGGGUUGCGAAUCGCUGGGAGAGAAUGGUCGAUGUUAUGAAACGAAAGCAUGAUGGUCAGUGAUACGACUUACAUAGUUCUACAGAGGUCAAU